AUGGCAUUAAUCGAUGAACUGUGGUCUUCAGUGCCCCCAAUCACAAGAACCAUUCUGCUUCUUUCGAUCAUACUAACAGGGGCAGUAUCUUUAGACUUAUGCACUCCUCUCAAGUUAUACUUUAACUAUAACUUGAUCAAGUAUAAAUUCUAGUUCUGGCGUAUAUUUACAUGUCUCUUCUACUAUGGAGAAUUUUCAGUCGACACGAUAUUUGACUUUUUCAUUCUAUAUAAAUACUCAAUUAUGCUUGAGAAGGAGUCAUUCAGAAAUAAACCUGCUGACUUUAUUGUCUUCUUUUUGUUCGGCUCCCUAUUGUUCAUAGUACUAGCUAUUUUCUUUGGAUUUGAGUUCUUGUCACCUUGCAUCUCCUCUAUGAUGCUUUAUCUUUGGUGCAGAAGAAACUCUACAUUUAACAUAAACUUCCUUGAGAUAUUCAAUUUUAGAGCUCCAUUUCUACCUUGGGUCUUAAUGACUUUCUUGUUAAUGUUUGGAUUCAAUCCUAUCUUUGAUGUUAUUGGAGUUGGAGUUGGUCACAUUUACUAUUUCUUGGAGGAUGUUGUGCCCAAAAUUCCAGAGACUAGAGAUUUCAGAUUGCUAAAGCCUCCGUAAUUUCUUAUAAGAAUAUGUGAUGCAUUUGGGAUUCAUAAUUAUGCUCUUAACAAUGAAGACUUUAUUUUUGAGGAUGAUCAGAAUGCUGGAGGUGCGGGUGCAGUAGGAGAUAUCAGAGAAGAUGUAUUAAUUGAUGAGAAUAAUGAAGAUGAAAAUAGGCUUAUCUCUACGUAUUACGACCACGAGGGAGAGCGCAUUAUCAGAAAGAAACCAGAUAGCAUAGUCAGGUCUCUUUAAUAUAAUUAUCUGCAAUAAAGAUCAAAAGAUAAGAAGUUGUAAAAUAAAGUUGAGCCUCACAAGUUAUUUAUGAUGUCGUUGUUCUUUGAAACAGUCUUCUAUAUUCCGAACAGAUUUAGAUCUAUAGUGCUAUUAAAUACUCAAACAGUGGUUUAUACAUAAACAGACUAGGCUCUUCUCUCAUUGAUGUCUAUAAUGUUUAAUAUGUAGAAAUAAUAAGAACUAUCCCUAUCUGUAAAAUAAUUUUUCAGCAGCUUUAAGUUCUUCUUCAGUUCAACAAUGCUCUAUGAAUCUAUGUCAAUAUGUUUGAGGUUUGGAAUAUUUGAGAAAUUAUAAAGUGAUUAGUUGCUAAAUUAGCACUCAUCACCUGAGAUAAAUGGCUUUAUAGCAGGUACCGUAGCCUAAACAAUCACAAGCCCAUUAUUUAAGCUAUCACUAGCAAAUCAUAAUUAUAGAAUCUGCGAUUCCUAAAGUCUAAAAGAAUUUUACAGGCAAGCCUUGACAACAAACUAAGGUAAGCAAGGAUUCCUUACAAUUUUCCCGAUCUCUUUAGCUAUUAGAGGAGGUAUAUUGGGAAUGCUCCAAUAGGGCUUAUUUUUUAGAGUUGCUGAAUUACUCGAAGAGCCAAUUAGACUUCCUAAUGAUUUGAAUAUUAAUUCUGGCUCUCAUAAAUCAAAAAUUGAUCACUUCAUAACUUCAGUCAAAAAUGAUAACGAGAUCAUAGAGAAACUUUAUUUAACGGGCUUCUUCGAUGAGAUAAUCUACGACUAAAACUUCAAGCCACCUAGAUAAUACAAAAACUUACUAAUAACUGGAAUUGGAAUGGCACUAUUGCAAUCAAUUGUAAUGACUCCAAUUGAUAUAUUAGUCUUCAAUCAAAUGCAAAUGAGAAUGUAUGGACCUAAGGCUCUUCAAAAAGUUAGAUUAAGCCAAGUUAUUAAGGAAUUAAAGUACAUUCAAGGCUUACCUAGAAUAGGAACAAUGAUUUUUGCAUCUUCAUUCGUAAGAAAUCUAUUCAUUGUGAGUGGAUUUUACAUAAGUGAAAAUUAUUUAAGAUCCAAAUUAAUUAAAGAAUGA